GGAAUCACGCGGGGGACGAGGAAGUGGUUACGGAUAGCAAGCGGUGCGACGGUAGUAGUAACGGGUAGUCCAGAUCGCAGUAGUAACGGUUCGCUACUCGCGCGGCGCCUUUCAACUCCGCUCCGCUUGGCUCCGCUACGGCCGCGACGACGAUCAAUCGAGCCGGCGGGAGGGUGCGACGCGCUCAUAUACUCCGGAUUUCCUCCUCCAAGGAAAAAAAAAACCCUCGUCUCUCGAAGUCCGGAAGUGCCUCGAUUGGUUGUGAAUCGAGGAACGAAACCGAAUCGUGAAUACUUUGGUCUCCAAUAGAUUGACUCCGCAAAGUCUUGGACUCCACGUAAAUCGCGAGAGAGAGAGAGGGGGGAGAGAGAGAAAGGAGAGAGAGAGAGAGAGAGAGACUUGGGACGACGAGGGACGGGGAUAUCCCGUUACAGGAUUCGCGGGGUUGAUCCUGGGGCAGCCGAUGGGGUAACGAAACGCGAGAGUGCCGUCGUGUGUCACCCUCCCGCUCGACUAUGUGCCGGCGUUUCGCGAUCAGGACGCCGGGAUCAUCGCCGACGGUGAUCAACAUCAUCGCGACAUCAACGGAGCGCAAGAUGUGAGACCUGUCGUUUAUACGCGUCAGCUGAUCCGACGUAAGUCGCGAGGGACAAAGGAGGUGAUUAUGUAAACGGAGCUCAGCGCUGGAGGUCCGCGGUGGCGGCCAGUUGCACGCUCGUCUUCGCUGUCCCGUCGACGACCGGUGAAUUCCCUCCCCGGUGAAAGAGAGACUAAUUAUAUUCGCCUCGUGGGACGAGGUUACUAACCAGCCAACCCUCCGGCCUGCGCCUGCGUGCGUGACCAGGCGUUUUCCUCUCAAGAGGGAAUACGAAUGUCGACACUUUAGACGCAUCCACAAUGGCUCUAGUAAUGUUACCGUGUGACCUGCCUUGGUGGCCAGCUGUUGUAAAGCAAUUGGACAAGGCCGCCUCGGCUAAAAACUCAGAGGACCUAGUAGACGCGAUGCAACGAUUGCAUGAUAUGUGCAACAUAAGCCUCGAUCCCGAGGAAGACGUGCAAGACGCCGACCUAUUCUCCAUGUUGGGAACCUUCCUAGACAAUGACCUCGAUCUCGCGGAACGAGAGCAAGUGUUCACGAAGACAAUACCGCGAAUAGUGGAACAGGCGAAGGCCUUAAAAUCUACAAAACCCCCUCAAGGCUUACACUUUAGCCUCCAGCAGCAAGGCGACAGCGUCGAAUAUAAUUAUGCCUUCGUCUCCUCUUUAAUCGCGAACGCAUUCUUCUCAACAUAUCCGAAGAGAACAGUGAAGACUCACCCUACAUUACGCGAUUUCAAUUUCACAAAUUUCUUCAGACACCUCCACAAAAAUGCACAGAAAGCCAAACUCAAAAGUAUUUUUCAUUAUUAUAAUUAUCUCGAAACGGAACAUGCACUCGAUGGCCGUCUAAUAAUUUCUAGACAGGUAAUGACAUCUAAGCAAUGGCUGACAAUCGAAGAUUGGUUGGAAAGUAACGUACCUUUGUGUCCGCUGACGAUACGUCACGAGGGACGGUUGGAACGAGUUGAGGCGGAAUCAAAAGUACUACAAGUUUGCUUCGCGAAUGCUAAAAUUGGUGGCGGUGUGCUGGAUGGUGAUGUCACGCAGGAGACUGUACAUGUAGCGACACAUCCGGAAAUACUUGCUGCGAUAAUAUCCGUCGAGGCCUUAGAAGACAACGAAGUACUAAUAAUCGAGGGUGUCAGACAUAUGUCAAGGAUAAACGAUCCGCGGCAUAAGGCGAUAUUCGAGGGUAUCUCGAAGCCGAACGUGGUAACGGUCUGCUGCAUAGAUCCCGAGGACUACUCGCGAUUGCCAUUGACGCAGUACGAGGAGGACAACAUCUUGAGGGAGAUGAACAAGUCGCUGCUGGGAUUUCGUCAGAGACACAUGCCCAGCAGCCCCACGGAUCCGAUCAAGAAUGAACUGGAAGCGGAAAUCGGCCUGGGCUCCCGCAGAUUAUCGCCGAUCGGCGAGAGCUUCAGCAGCACGCCGCCGGAAAUGGAAGGCGAGGACAAAGUUUUCACGAGCAAUAAUUCCAAGACAGAUAAGCAGGUUCUCCGCGACGAGCGACACAAAUUGGAGAACGCGACGGAAGUGCGUAGUAGGCCUAAUGGUAAAUCAAUGAGACCGCCUAGUCCUCACAAAGUGUGCAAGGACGCAAGUUACACAAACCGAAAGAACAGAUUCAUCGUGCUUGGAUCUAGUGGCGAGGUGUUGCCAGUGACGCGACAACUCGGCCAGAUGUCGGUUUAUAGCAGUUGCAACAGUCAGAGCACGGAUAGUUUCCAUAGCGCUAAGGAAACCAUCGAUGAGGAACCUGAGGAAGAAGAGCAAAAGAUGACCAAACGCUAUAGCGCACAAUUAGAUACCCCCGAGAGAAGAGGAACAUUCGCGCAGCGACUGAAAGACGCUCUCAAACGAGAAAGUACGGCGACGGGGGUGACUUCCUCAAACACUUCUUCUGGCGAGAGCAGUUAUGCCGUUGGUAUAAGCGUCAGCGGUAGCCACGUCGGCGAUCAAGACAUCAAAUUGAGAAGAGGAGGUUCGAGGGGUUUCGUUUUGCGGGACGAAACAGUGGACGAAGAGUUCCUGAAGGAGUCUCUGGAAGCAGAACAAAAGUGGCUUGGCCGAUUCCGGCAGAGUCAGGGGCCUAUGUUUCAGAGGAAGGACACGAGUGCGAGCAGCAAGUAUAGUUUCAGCACCGAGUACAAUUCUGAUUUCUGUUCUGAGCUGGAGGAGGUCUACGAGCAAUUGUCAAAGUGGCUGGAGGAUCCGAUAGUAGCGGACGAGAACCGGGAAUUAGAUGCGAGAGAUCGAGCGGUUGUACGAUUCGCCGGUUCACUUCUGAAACGCGCUCUGAGCGAAUCAUUUGCAGGCGUGCCGGUCCAGGAGGGCGAACCACAGCCGUUCAUCGACGCCGACGUAAAUCAGCAACACAAACUAGCUUUAGCUGUGAGGAGUCUCAGCUUGGAGCUCGCUCGACAGAAAAAUCGGAGACAGCAAUCAGUGUCUGAGUCCGAAGACGUAGAUUGCUACGAGGACGCCUCGUGCGAGAUGGUAAAAGAGACGAAGGACGCCCAACGUAGGAAACUUUGGGUUGUCACAGUCACGUCGGAAGUGUUCCAAACGUUGGUCGAUGAUCAUACGACCGUACGCCUAUCUACACCGCCCAUGUCCGAAUCGGGACAGACGGCGAAUGAGCGUGAAACCCGCGAAGCGAGCACGCUCGGUGUCUCGCAGUUGCCGCACGAAAGUAGUCCCCAAGGAGGAGGCUUAUUGCCCGUGGCUACCGGCAAUUGGGGAUGCGGGACUAGAUUGAAAGGCGAUCCGCAACUGAAACUCGUUAUUCAAUGGCUCGCUUCCUCUCUAGCAGGAACACCAAGAUUAAUCUAUUACACCUCUGGCAAUUCCAAUCUAUCCAAGUUAGACACUGUGAGCAGAGUUCUGAUAGACAGACGUUGGUCGGUGGGUGAUCUUGCCGCCGCGACGCUGAGGUAUGCUAUGCACGCGAUCGAGGAACGGAUGGCAGGAAAGAAUAGUCUUUUCGAGGAGAUCAUCGGGAUGGAUAAAUCGAGUCCUUAGCCCGAUUCGAUGCUGUCCGUUCUGGUGGACGUGUUAGCUACCAUGAUCGAAGACAGCCUACUGAAAAACUAAUAAUAUAUUACAUAUAUAUCUCUUCCGAGAAAGGAACAUACAAAAAGAAAAGAAACGAACGGGUACUUGACUGUAGUAAUAAGAUCGAUAAUUAAUUUGUAAUCUUAGAUGAAACAUGUUAUACGAGUUUCAUUUUGGCGAAAGAGAGAUUGAUUCAAUUUUACUUUUCUUCUUUUUUGUUCGAAUUACUACUCUCCUCUAGCAUAUCAAAAUGAUAUCAGGCAAAUUCGCACAAUUCAUUGUACAAGGCAAUAUAUCAAAUAGAAAAAAAUAGUCGCUGCGAUAUUUUCUAUAGUCUAUGUAUGUAGCGUAUCGUGCUGUCGAAUCAUUAUAUUAUAGGGAUCAUCUGUGUCACAUUUCCGCAAGGUAAUGGAGAAAAAAUAGCGUGAUAUCUCGGAAGUUCAGUUGUUAUUAAUGUCACGUCAUCGUAAGAGAACGUGACAAACUCUCUGCAAUUA